GUCGACCAGCUCGGCACCGCCGGAGAAACCGGCGCUUCCACCGGCUGCGCCGGCGCUAAACAGACCGCCAGCAAGUUCGGACUCGGAAACGGAUCCGUUGUCCCCACUGGACGAGACUAUCGCCAAAGCGAAGAUGGCCGUCAGCCAGCCCCCUCCCCGAAAAGCCGCCUAUCCGCCGCCGAAGAAGCAUUUCCGUCAACAUCAUAUCUCUUCCAGACCCAACCACCGCCGAAAAACGGGGGCGAAAGCCAACGAAAAGCCGUGGCGACUUCGUCGGAGGCGCCCUCCGAUUCGGAUGACGCCGACGAGCCACUGUUCCCGCCAAAG